CUCACACACACACACACACACACACACAUCAGAUCACCUGUUGGGCGGCUCUCUGCGUAGUUCCAAUGGGACUGAUUCAAGUGGGCGUUGUUUCAGGGCAUGGUUGAGGCUUUCAAUUAAUUGCUGUUGUUCACGGCUAGUCAGACAGGUUUUUCAACCUGAAACUGACAUCUCUCAUCAUCACCAUUCCCCUGGGACAAGUAAGACUGGAAUGAGAGACCAUGAAGGCUGUGAAUACCAGAACACUAUGGAGGGCUGCUGUUGUGUGUGGGAUCAUCUUGGCGAUAUUAUAUUUUAUGACAUUCCAUAACUGUUCCGGAAAGCUAAGACAAGAGGUUCCUACUGCACAGAAAAGGUUGGCGAAUAUCUCGUCCCAGAGGCCUUCCCCCCCACCUGGUCCAUGCACCUGUGCUGCCGGCGCGGAGAUGCUCAAAGAUUACAUCCCCAAGGAUCAGUACGAGAAGCUGGCCAAGAGGCGAGCUAAGGAGUUCCAACAACACAAAGCCAGGACUACAUCCGUAUUAUCUAGACUGCUGAUUGCUUUGCCAAACUCUCCUCUGCAGUAUCCUAUCCAAGGUUUUACAGUGCGACCUUUAAUCCCCACUCCCAUACCAGGUUUAGCACUGCAUGCAGGACAAAGAAGCAGCUACAAGGUGUCCUUAAAUGUGUCCAAAGGGGUCCAGACUACGAAGAUUCUAGCUGAAGAUGUGAAGGUCCAAGGUGGCGGUGGGCCCAGACUGAUUAUGGAGUCCAGCAGCCUGGUGAUCCUCAACGAAGCGCUGGCUAAGGUCUCCUAUGCCAGCACUGUCUACCAUAUACACACUGGAGACCUCGCAUCCUUCCAGUUUGAAGACCACGAGGCUGUGUUUCCCAUCACCAUCAGACAGCCUCGGGUGCCGGUGCUGCACGACAUGGGGACAGAUGUCAGCUCUCACGUCACCGUCGCCACAAAGACAUUUCUGCGCUACCCCCAACUCAGGGUGCUGUUGAGGAGCCUCCGGCGUUUCUAUAGCAACGUAGAAGUCAUCAUUGCAGAUGACAGCUAUGAACCAGAGAAUAUUACUGGAGAACACAUCCGGCAGUACUUCAUGCCUCCAGCACAGGGGACCGCCCUGGAUGUUUCAGGGGACCCACCUGGGCGUUUCAGGGGUCCAACCUGGAUGUUUCAGGGGGCCCACCUGGACGUUUCAGUGGCCGCCCUGGACGUUUCAGGGGACCGCCCUGGACGUUUCAGGGGACCGCCCUGGAUGUUUCAGGGGACCACCCUGGACGUUUCAGGGGACCGCCCUGGAUGUUUCAGGGGGCCGCCCUGGAUGUUUCAGGGCACCACCCUGGACGUUUCAGGGGCCCUAGGUGGGGCCGUACAAGGGAACCAGUUUUAUUUCUCUCUUCUCUACGAGGAAGGAGAGGAAAUGGAAGGCGGCUGCCUGCACAGGAAGUCUCAAGACAAGUUCCAAUCGCUUCCUGGUUACCCAAAAUGCUUUCUGGCCAGUGGGGUGGUCAACUUCUUCCUGGCUCGCACAGACGCUGUCCAGAGGGUGGGAUUUGACCCUCAGCUCCAAAGGGUAGCACACUCAGAGUUCUUCAUGGACGGCCUGGGCUCGCUGCUGGUCGCCACGUGUGACCAUGUGUCCAUCGACCAUCAGCCCAAAACAGGCAACAAGGACAACGCUCGCUACGGCAGUUUCAGAAACCCUGGAAGGAGCGACGUGGACUUCAAACUGCAGCUUCACUAUUUCAAAAACCACCUAAAGUGUAUCAAAUAUGGGUAGAAAACUACAGAAACUACACUGGGUUACAUAUUUCCCUGCAGUUUAUCAAAUGAAUAGUUUGAUCCGUUCUGAUUCUGGACAUAAAACCAGUCCGUUUCCCUAUUUAUGUAUCUCCUUACAAUGUCGCCCCCCCUAGGAUAGGGAGAGACUCUUUUAUUACCAAUAAACCAGAGAGUCGCUGCUUAACGUUAAAUGCAGGGCUUGGAUGAAUGCAAUUUAAGUUAAGUUUUUAAUUAGACAUCUUUUUUUCUCUCUUUAUGUGUGUAUUAUCCAUGGG